AUGGAAUUGUAUGAUCAAAAGCUCUACUUUCAUCACCCAGCAUCUCAUUCAAAACGAAGACGUUCAACUCCUCCUUACCCUCAAUAUGGGAUGUACUUAUUGUACAAGGAUGACGACAACGACGAUGGCCGUUCAUCAUCUACGCUUAGAGAGUAUACCAAUCUUGACAAUCCGUACGAUCUUUACGACGGAAGGGUCUCGAGUGCCAAUGACUAUAAGGUCUUACGAAGAGUGUCUUCUUUUCGAGAAAACAAAUUUAUCUCAUGUCAAUAUGAGAUCUGGUCGUUAGCCAAGGGCUCUUGGAAGACUCUCAAUACUGCUUCUGAUCCUGAGGAAAGUGACAUUAUGCUCCGGCCCCGGCACUUUUUUGUUAAUAAUCCGCCUGCUUUUGUCAAUGGGGCUCUGCAUUGGACUCAAAUCAGAGCGAACACCGGGAACAUUUCACUUCUGUCAUUUGAUAUGUCCGAUGAAGUAUUCGGCAAGAUAGCAAUACCACCAGAAGCUUCAGCACAAACAAUUGACCAUCUUGCUGAAGGACAUUUCAUGGUUUCAAGGUACAGAGAGUCCCUUGCAUAUUAUGAAACCUCUCGGGAGCGGAAAGGAAGUGUUGGUUGGGGCCUUCUUCACAUUCACACGUGGGUGAUGGAAGAGUAUGGUGUGGCCAAAUCAUGGGCUAAACUAUUUGCAAUAUGCCUGGAUCUAGAUCUAGGCGUUUCUAGACUGAUUGGUUGUAGAAAAAGUGGUGAAGUUGUUCUCAGAGUGAUGGAUGACAACGGUGAAUAUCGGUCUGUGAACCCUAAGACCAGGCAAGUUAAGAGACUUCGAAUUGAAGGACAAUGGAUUUAUGAGGUCAUGGAUGCUUUAACAGAGAGCGUUGUCUUGCUUGACCAGCCUAAUGUAUUUACAUACUAA